ACUCAGUUAGUUACUGAAAAUAAGGGGGCGAUUUACACUUAUUACACGACCCGUAUUAAUACAUGAAUUAAAUAAUGCAACUAACUUCACCCUAAACAAAACAACGCAACAUAACCGUUAAAAUUUGAAAUUUCUUCGUGCUUUGUGUUUUCAACGAGUUUAGUUGUGUUAUGCUUGUGUUCCGCAGUUUCUUGUAUGUUAUGUAUGUGUAAAAAUGACGGAAAACAGAGGAAAGAAGCGCGAACACCCAGACAACAGCCAAGUCGAAGAAGACUUGAACUUUUCGGACGAAGAGGGUAUUUAUGUGGAUGAUAUUUACAUUCCGCCCCCUUUGAAACGUAGGAACGUCGAGAAGUCGCAAACUCGCUUAAUAAUCACAAAGAUCGUGAACAAUUAUUUUAAAAGUUACGCUGAAAAUGUAGUUUUGGGGCCCUUCUCUAAGUGUUUUAAUGCCAUCAUUGGCCCCAACGGUAGCGGCAAGAGCAAUGUCAUUGAUUCGAUGCUGUUUGUGUUUGGAUAUAGGGCCACUCGCAUGAGGUGCAAAAAAUUAUCAGUGUUGAUUCACAAUUCUGAACGGUAUCCUAAUGUUCAGUCUUGCAAUGUGGCGGUGCAUUUUUGUGAAAUCGUAGAUAAGCCCGGGGAAGAGUAUGAGGUUGUUCCAGGUAGUGAAUUUGUCGUGUCAAGGACUGCCAAUAGAGACAACAGUUCGUUUUAUGAGCUCAAUGGACGAAGAGUCCAAUUUAAGGAAAUUGGGAAAUUGUUGAAGGGGCAUGGAAUUGAUAUCGACACUAACAGGUUUCUGAUUUUGCAGGGCGAAGUUGAGGAAAUCGCAAUGAUGAAAUGUAAAGGAGCAAAUGAAAACGAAAUAGGAAUGUUGGAAUAUCUGGAAGAUAUCAUUGGAACACACAGAUACAAAAAACCCUUGGAGCAAUUAAAUGAGAGAAUAGAAUAUUUGUCGGAUUUGCGCACUGAAAAACUCAACAGACUCACAUUGAUUGAAAAACAGUUGGAACAACUCAAGGGACCUAUGGAAGAAGCGCUUACUUUUCUGAAAACAGAGAACAAAAUUGCAGUUUGUAAGAAUUUCUUGCAUCAGAAAGAAUUACAUGAUUUAGAAGCUGAAGUGAAAGAAGUGGAAGAAGACAAGGCGAAGUUAACACAAAGUCGUGACGGUUUAAUUGCAGAAUUGAAAACCAUUUCAGAUGAAAAAACUGAAAAAGAGAAAAUUUUGAAGCAAGAAGCUGGAAAAUAUGAAAAGUUGCAACAGAAAAAGGAUCAACUCAAGGAUGCUUUCAAUGCGGCUGAUAAAAAGGAUGCCCAACUACAAGCCGAAAUGACAAACACUAACAAUAACAGGAAAAAAUUUAAGCAACAGCUGGAAGAUGAAAAAAAGAAACUAAUUAAGUUACAAAAAGUGCCUGAAGAAAAUGCAAAACUCAUUGGAGAGUGUGAGAAGCGAGAGCGUGAUUUAACAUCACAGCACGAAAAAUUACAAGCAGAGAAGGCAAAAUUAAUGGAAAAUAUCGGUCAUGAGACGAAAGAUCUACAAGUGAAGAAAGAACAGUUUGAAACUAAACUUGGUAAACUCAAAAAGACAGUUGACACAACAAAAAAUGAGUAUGAUUUGGCUUCCACGCAAUUAAAUUUUGCCCGAAGCAGUGAAGAAACCGAACAAGAAAAGCUUAACCAACUUCGUGAAACGAUUAAAAACAAAGAGGCUUGUAUUAAAGAACGUUCUGGAGAGGUGUCGCAACUUAAAAAGAAAAUUCCUCUUACGGAAAAGUCACUCAAUGACGCGCAACAUGAACUAGACGCAGUUAAAUCCGAACAAAAUCAAAUUGAACAUGAAAUUAGACGACAAAGGAUGUCUUUGGAGGAGACUCGUGCUUCCAUGAACAGUUCCAAGUCACGUGGGAGAGUUUUGGAUGCUUUGAUGCAACAGAAGCGUGAAGGGAAAUGUCCAGGGCUCUAUGGACGUCUUGGUGAUUUGGGGGGCAUUGACCAAAAAUAUGACGUGGCCAUUUCAACUGCGUGUGGACCAUUGGACAAUGUUGUGGUUGAUACAGCAGAUACAGCUGCAUGGUGUAUUGAUUUUUUAAAAACUCACGGGAUUGGAAGAGUUACUUUUAUCGCACUUGAUAAACAGGAAUAUUUGAGGGAACGUGCCAACACCAGAAUUCAAACACCUGAAAAUGUGCAUCGCUUGUAUGACCUCAUUCAAGUGCAAGACGACACAGUCAAAACUGCCUUUUACUACGCGCUGAGAGACACUUUAGUUGCGGACGAUUUAGAUCAAGGCACCAGAAUUGCAUUCGGUGCCCAACGCUUCAGGGUGGUAACACUGAAAGGGGAAAUCAUGGAACCUUCCGGUACCAUGAGUGGUGGUGGAAAGACAGUAAGCAGGGGUCGAAUGGGUCGAACCGUCCUCACAUCCACUAUAGAUCCCAAAGAGUUGGAAAAAAUGCAAGUAAAUAUCGAGAAAAAAGAAGAACGUCUGCGACAACUGACUCAGAAAAUGAAUAGUUUGGAAAGCCAAAUCAGGACAUUAAAACCCGAAUUUGAUCAAAUGAGAAUCAAUUACGAGAAAUUCAGCAAAGAUCUCCAGUCGUUGAAUGAGGAACAACCGUUACUCUAUGAAAAGUUGCGUCAACAAGAAACUGUCGCAAAAUCGACCAAAUCUGACCCUAAAGAAAUCAAGAAGUUGGCGGCGAUUGUUGACGAAAAGAAAGCCGAAUAUGAGAAAGCUCUUAAUAUUAUGAAAGAAAUUCAAGACGAAGUUGACAACUUAAACAAAGCCAUUAAAGAAAAAACAAGCGGAAAACUGGUGGGUGUUGAGAAAAAAAUUGACGAAGCUGUGAAGAUGAUUGAGAAAUGUAAAACGGAAAUCACUCGACUUAAAGUUGCAAUAACAACGUCUCAAAGAAAUUUAGAUAAGACUACGCAAAAAAUUGCAACAUUGGAACAAAAUAUUGUCGACUGUGAAAACAGGUUAAGAACCAUGAAGCAAGAAAGGGAUGAAAUUGAAGCUGAUGGACAACAGUUACUGAAAUGUAUUGAAGAUAUUACCGAGAAGUUGACACAGGGCAAGGAUGAUAACGUGGCGUUGAAGGAAGAAGUGACUGUUCUUACAUCCAAAGAGAAAGAACUACUACUUAAGAAAGUCGAUAUUGAUCAGGCCUUCAAAGCCAUUAACAAAAAAGUGCAAGAUUAUAAAACUACUACCAAUCACUUGUGCGCAAAAUUGAAGCAAUUGAAAGUGCACGAUGUCCCUGAAGAACCGUCUGAACUCAAGACUUACACCGAAGAGGAACUGGAAUCAAUCAACGUCGAACAGAUAAAAUUGGACUUGCACGCAGCCCAAACUGCGAUAAAAGACAUGGAACCAAACCUCAACGUCAUCGAAGAAUAUCGCGUGAGUCAAAAUGUUUACAUGGAAAGGUCGCGAGAUGUAGAAGAGGUGACGCGCAGACGAAGCGAGGUAAAAAGUGUAUUGGACAACGUGAAGACACAACGACGCAAUGAAUUCAUGCAAGGUUACAACACAAUCCGACUCAAACUGAAAGAAAUGUACCAAAUGAUCACACUUGGAGGUGAUGCCGAUUUUGAGAUUGUGGAUCCUUGCGACCCGUUUGCAGAAGGAGUGCAAUUAAAUGUGAGGCCGCCACGUAAGUGUUGGAAGACGAUUUCGAAUUUGUCAGGUGGUGAAAAAACAUUGUCGUCGUUGGCUUUAGUUUUUGCCUUGCAUUAUUAUAAACCAUCGCCUCUUUAUGUCAUGGAUGAGAUUGAUGCAGCUCUCGAUUUUAAGAAUGUUUCCAUUGUUGCGCACUAUAUUAAAGAGAGGACGAAAGAUGCACAAUUUAUUAUUAUCUCGUUGCGAGCUAACAUGUUUGAAUUGUGUGAUCUUUUAGUUGGAAUUUAUAAAAUUUUUAACUGUACGCGAUCGAUCACAGUUGACCCAUAUGCGUUUGAAAAGGAGAGGAAACAACAGAAUGGUGAAAAUAAGGAGAAUCAGGUAGAACAAAAUGGAAUAGUUAAUGGUAACUGUUAAGAUGGUUUAAAUGGUAAAAUAAAUUUUGCGAUUUUUA